GAAUUGAUCAAAAAUGUUGGUACAAUCUGCUAUCAAGACUGCUGCAUCAGCCAAAGUUGGCCGAGUUCUUGCUACUGCUCCAGUUCAGACUGUUUCUAUUUGUUUCAAGCAUACUCUGCCUGAUCUUCCUUACGACUUCAAUGCUCUGGAGCCGUUUAUUUCUGCCGAAAUUAUGCAGCUCCAUCACUCGAAACAUCAUCAGGCAUAUGUCAACAAUCUUAAUAUUGCGGAGGAGAAGCUCCAUGGUGCAAUUGAAAAGAACGAUGUUGCUUCUCAGAUCGCACUUCAGGGUGCUAUCAAGUUCAAUGGUGGCGGACAUAUUAACCACAGCAUAUUCUGGACCAAUCUUGGAUCUCCUAAAUCUGGAGCUGGCGAGCUACAUGACAAAUCUCUUCUUGCCGCCAUCAAUCGGGAUUUUGGUUCGUUGGAUGAAUUCAAAAAAAACUUUGCUAACCAGGCUGCAGGAGUGCAAGGUAGUGGUUGGGGAUGGCUUGGGCUGAACAAGGCUGAAAACCGUCUGGAAAUUGCUACAACAGCCAAUCAAGAUCCUCUUAUCCAUCUGGUGCCAUUACUUGGAGUUGAUGUGUGGGAGCAUGCAUACUAUCUUCAAUACAAAAAUGUCCGUCCAGAUUAUCUGAAAGCAAUCUGGAGCGUCGUCAAUUGGAAGAACGUUUCAGAGCGUUUUGCCAAAGCCCAAUGAGAUAUCUGCAAUCCAUGGCAUUUAAAAAGUAUGCAAAGCAACUUUAUCAAUACAAUGGCUGU